AUGUCUCUCGUUAGUAGGGUUCAUCUGCCCGUAAGGAAGUGGGUGGCCCGACUGACCAGCCACUUCGCCAGCACCGAUCAACUCUGUCGCUGCUUGAGGGAGGCCGUUCGGCCCGAGCCCGCCAUUGUGCGGCAGAGUCAUGGCCCGCCUGUGACCCAACGCUCUCGGCGAGUUCGAAGUCGAAGAAACCGAACCCGACCCAUCGAACGCCCCUCGGAUCGAACCGACCCUUCCCAGACCCUCCGGGGAAGCAUUGCGCAGCUGGGCGGCGGAACCAGGGGAUUCUGCGCGCGUCGAGAAGAUCGAAGGGUUCACCUUGCCGGGCGAGUGUUGCAGAUGAUCAAAAGACCGAGUUGGUGAUGCAGGUGAGUGAGGAAGGGGCAUCCAUGUCGGCGACGUUCGUGUCGGGGAUCCGCUCAUCCGCGUCGACGAGUAUUGGCUCGGCGACGAUGUCCCGUUGCCGAAAACCUGACUUGGCGAGGAGCGGCCCAGCCCUGACUGAGAUGAGAGAGGCUCGUCUUCACUACGACCCAUCAACCCCACGCGGCUACUCGGACUCUUGUGCAUCGUCUUGGUGUCGAGACUCAUCGUUGCGCGAUGUCCUGCGCUCCAAGGGGAGCCGCCGGUGGCCGACCCGCUUCGGCCGAGACUCGUCGGCGUUCCUCUAA